CACAAUGUGAAAUGUGAAAUUUUGCCAGUGUGUUCAUAGAAACCAUAUUUACCAUGUUCAAUUCUCUAACUGUGCUGGGCAAGUGUGAACUGCGCUUAAUACUCUUUGACAUUGAGUACUUCACUCACUCGCAGCUCAAUUCACUUUACAUCAAUAAUUUAAAGAUUUGUAGGUUAUAAUUCCAGUUGUUUACAAUAUAAAUAAGUUUUAAUUUUUUUGGAUUAGUAGUGUACUUAUUAAAGUAAUUUAACGUGAUUUUUGUCGGGGUGAUGUCUCAAUUUGUACUUUUGCGUACACUUUACUUAGACUGAAGAAACAAGAUUUCUUAGCAUUAAAAGCUAAGCAAAUAUUCAUGUAAAUGCGUUAAGAUAUCAACAAAUUGAGGUACAAUGGGUACCAGAAAUUUAUCUAAAAAAGAGCUAGAAGAGCUGCGUAAGAAAGAAGAAGAGGAAGCAGCUGCUCAUGUUUUUAAGGAAUUUGUGGAGACAUUUCAAGAAGUACCCAGCACAACUUCUAAGGUGUGGGUCAAAGCUGGGACUUAUGAUGCAGGAGCAAGAAAGGAAGACACAUCAGAGCGGGGCAAGCUAUACAAGCCAGUGUCUCGACUGGAUGACAAGAAACAGGCCACAGAAGCUGACAUGUUGCGCAGCUUAGCCCAGAUCUCACCCAGGCCUGAAUCUGUACUGCGUUCCCGAGCCAAAUUCAACAAGGACAAGAAGAAGAGUAACCUGGAAUUGUUCAAAGAGGAACUUAGACAGAUUCAAGAAGAGAGAUCAGAGAGACAUAAGUAUAAGAAUGUGUUACGUGAGCGCGGAGUGGUCGGAGGCGAGCCUGCACUGGACUCUAUACCUGACAUUGGUUCUUAUGAUACCGGAGAUCCUAAUACCACUAAUCUCUAUCUCGGAAAUCUCAACCCAAAGAUCACGGAGCAGCAGCUGAUGGAGAUCUUCGGGCGGUACGGUCCGCUGGCCAGCAUCAAAAUAAUGUGGCCGCGCUCCGACGAGGAGAAGGCGCGCGGCCGCAACUGCGGCUUUGUCGCCUUCAUGUCGCGCAAGGACGGCGAGCGGGCGCUGCGCUCCAUUAAUGGCAAGGAGAUAAUGAGCUACGAGAUGAAGUUGGGGUGGGGCAAGGCGGUGGUGAUCCCCCCCGUGCCCAUCUACAUCCCGCCCGUGCUGCAGCAGCCCAGCAAGCCGCCGCCGCCCUCCGGACUGCCCUUCAACGCGCAGCCGCCCAAACACCUCGCACACAAGAUACCUCGUAUCCGACCCGGAGAUUAUUACCCACAUGAUCCAGAAGACAAGAAGCUGUACGACCAGAUAUUGUCGCAAUCUAUCGUCAAAGUUGUGGUACCGACAGAAAGGAACAUCCUGAUGCUGAUCCACCGCAUGGUGGAGUUCGUGAUCCGCGAGGGCCCGAUGUUCGAGGCCAUCAUCAUGAACCGCGAGCUGAACAACCCAUUCUUCCGCUUCCUGUUCGAGAACCAGUCGCCGGCGCACGUCUACUACCGCUGGAAGCUGUUCUCCAUGCUGCAGGGCGACUCGCCCAAGCAGUGGGCGCUGCACGACUUCAGGAUGUUCCAGGGGGGCUCCGUGUGGCGGCCGCCCGUCAUGAAUCUGUACACGGCCGGCAUGCCCGACGAGCUGGUGGAGGAGGACGACGCCAAGGAGAACAUACGCGGCACGCUCUCCAACAGCCAGCGCGACCGGCUGGAGGAGCUGAUC